AUGCGGAAACAGAUGAGCGAAUGGGUUGCAACCAAGCUAAAGGCCGUUGGUGUUGAUGUGACACUCAAAGACCUGGGCAAGCAGGAAGGCACAGACCUCGACCUUCCUCCUCUGGUAUUGGGACGCUAUGGCAGCGACCCCGACAAGCCAACAGUGCUUGUAUACAGCCAUUACGAUGUUCAGCCUGCGUCUAUCGAGGAUGGAUGGAAGCACGAGCCCUUUGUGAUGACGGUCGAAGAAGACGGCAAGAUUUGCGGCAGAGGCACCUCAGACGACAAGGGCCCUCUCAUUGGCUGGAUCAACAUGAUAGAAGCUUUCCAGAAGGUUGACGUAGACGUACCGGCCAACUUGGUCUUCUGCUUUGAGGGUAUGGAAGAAACCGCAUCGUUUGGCCUUCGGCAGGGCCUAGAAGAUGAGGCAGACAAGUAUUUCAAGGACGUCGAUGUGGUCUGCAUCACGGAUGUUGUUUGGGUGAGUGAUGAGCAGAUUAGCGUCCCUCAAGGACUCAGAGGCAUUAUCUUCUACCUUGUUACCAUCACUGGUGCCAAAGUGGAUGCCCACAGUGGUGGAUUCGGCGGUCAGAUUUCGGAGCCAAUGACCGAUAUGGUCAACAUCAUGUCAUCUUUGGUGGAUUCGAAUGGCAAGAUUCUGGUACCUGGAAUCUACGACAAUGUUCAAGCUGUCACGAAGGAGGGGUAUGAAAGCUACCAAAAGUUGAACAUCUCGGAGGACUCUUUGUACGGUGGCACCGGGGGCCGAAGCCUUCAUGACAAUCAGGCUGACGCCCUGGUCGCUCGCUGGAAGAAACCAUCUCUUAGUCUGCACAGGAUAGAGAAUGCCCUGCCUGGAGCCGGAGCCGUCACAUCUAUACCUGCUAAGCUCGUUGGAAAGUUCAGCAUCCGUACUGUGCCCUUCAUGAAGUGGGAGGACAUUGACCAGCGGGUGCGAAAACACAUCAAGGACCGUUUCGAGAGUCUAGGAAGCAAGAACGACAUCGAAAUUGAGUGCCAUCCGAAUGAUUGGUUUUACGAGGAGGCGAGUCACUGGAAUUAUAAAGCCGCGAUUCAGGCAACACGGGACGUGUGGGGCGUUGACCCUGCUUUGACCUGUGAAGGUGGAAGCAUUCCCAUCGCCUUGGAUUUCAAAAAGACCUUGAAAAAGAACGUGCUCCUUAUGCCUGUUGGCCGGCCUACCGAUGGACAACAUUCCACUAACGAGAAGCUGGAUAAGAGCAACUACAUCAACGCCAUCAAGCUCUACGGAGCUUAUCUGAAAGAGGUCACGAACUUCUGGCGUCAAAGCAAACAAAAUGUGUAA